AUGAUAUGGCUAUGUGAUAUUCAAAAUUGCAACAAAGCCUCUGUUCGUAUCUCUGGGGAAUGUGUUCUAUGCAAUCGUCAUCUUUGUGCAAACCAUCUGGGACCAAAUUACCACACCUGUCCCCAAUGGGAGGCAAAGGCUAGAUAUGACCCGGCCGCUAGGAAAGGGGAACAGGAUGAGAUCGUUUAA